UUUGUUACAGUUACCGAAAGUGACCUCGCUUUUGAUAACUGCUUCAAUGCAUCUAACGAGGUCGUUGUGUGACGGAGCUAUGAUACAUAUGUGAAACAGUGUCAAAAUAAUAUUUCGGCAAUUAAAUUAUUGUUUUAUAAAAUUGUGUUUAUAUACGAGAACGAUGUGAUUACGUUCAUUUUUCUUAGUUUUAUUAAUACGCCUUUCAAUAUUUUUAUUUAUUAUUGCAUUUAGAUAAAAUGGGUGAAUUAGAAGAGGUUAUCGCAGAUUUGCGAGCUGUUCUAAUUUCCAGAAAGGAGCCUGCCACCGUUCAUCUACUAAACAGAGAUUACAAAGAGUUGCAUGGUACGGAUGUGCCCUAUAAAAAGUUUAACUUUACGAACUUAGAACAGUUUUUAAGGAGUGAUCCUACCUUUUUAUUUAAUACAAAAGGAAAGGAUGUGUACGUGUCUGUUGUGCCUAAAAAAGAAUCACGGCAUAUAAGUGAAAUGAUAGCUAAACAAAAAAGCAAUAAGAAGAAGUCACAUGCUGUUCGACAGCCCAGGGCUCUUAAUACAAAUCCAAUGAUAAACGUACAAGCAAAAUCACCAGGUAGAAAUUAUUCCGCCAAUAUGAGGAUGAACAGAACUUCCAGAUCUGCUCAAUUAUUUUAUAAAAAGAGCCCUGCGUCAGCACGUUUUAAGCCAAGACAAUCAAGUUAUAAUUCACCGGAACAAAAUAUAAUUCAACACGGUUUGCAGAAUCAGCCUCAACCCUCAAUGCAAUCGAUAAUUUCACAAUCACAACAUCAAGCUCUACCAAAAUCGAACCCACCGCGACAUACAAUGAAAAUAAUACAAUCUCAUCUGCAACCGCAAGUAAAACAAUCAAUGCCCAGUCAAAUGAUGAAGGAAAAUACUGCAUCAAAUACACCAAAUAUACAAGUUGCAUCAAAGAAUUAUCAAUCAAAUAAACAGGCUACACAGAGAAACCUUCCUUCUUCUAAAACCAAUUUACCUCCAACUAAAUCUGAAGUAUUAGAUAAGUUGCUUGAAUGCAAACAAAUACGAAUGCCAAAAGCUGCUCCGAAUCAGAAAGAAAAUACAGUAGCUACAGCACAAAAUAAAACAUCGGAUAACAAACAUUCUGAUAAUCCCUUGCAAGAGAAUAAACGCAGUAUUUUGAAUUUGGAACCUGUUCCUAAAAUAACAAGAAAUGUUAGCCUUUCAAGCGCGAAUGGCAAUGAAAACAUACAGGUGACAAUGUGCACUAACGGUAAUAUGUUGCCUACUUUCAGUGCGCAGGAUAGACUCAGCAGGAUAAGGCAGAUGCAAAAUCAGAAUAAAGUUCAAUCCACAACUGCAUCCACUUCAGACAACAAUUUGGUUGAGAAAUAUCCACCCUUACCUAUGGGAAAAGUUUCACAACAAUCAAGGUUAUUAAAAUAUAAAAAUCCGGAAGCAGUUACUAAAAUAGACGUUUGUGAAAACAAACAGUCAUCACAACCUGAUGAAGUAGUUAAUUCAGACGAUUCAGACUUUGAUAAAAAUUUAAAUUAUGAGGAACUUUUGAUGGAUUACUGUAAUGAAAAAAAUAUAGCUCUACCGAAUAUUAAAAUUUUGCAACACAAAAUUCAUAAGGAUUAUAGAUCAGACCGCCCUAGUGAAAUUUAUGGAUGUAAUGUCAAAAUUGGAGAUCAAUACUGUUUUGGAAGUUAUUCUUAUUCAUUUAACAACCCUGAGGAUGCUUCUCGGGAUGCAUGCAGAAAAGCUCUUCAUGCUUUAACGAAAAUAUAUGGAUCAUUAGAAGAACGAGAUUUACCAGUGACUGAAGGCACAUUAAUACCAAAUAGGUUUUUAAAACUGAUUGCAGGUCAUAGUAAUGGCAAAUUUGUUCAUCAAUUACCUGGAGAAUAUCGUGAAGAGUACCGUGAAAAUUUGCCCGAAGACUGGUUAGAUUUUGUAAAAAUGUCACAUAUAUUUCAAAUUGAGGAUUCAGUAGCUGGAAGUCAAAUAAUAAGCCUCAGAACACAAGAUGAAUUGACUGAAUGUAAGAAAGAUGAUGGCGAUUUUGCUGAUCUUCCACCUAUUGUUUUGCCUGAAAGAGAUUCUUAUUGGAAUGUAUACAUUACUACGCUGUGCUCAACAAUUGAAGUAUGGUGUCGAAUUAUAGGACCACAGUAUGCGACUUUAUUUGACGAAUUGAGCUCAUACAUGGAAAAAGAACUAGCAACCAAAAAAACACAAGCAGAAGCAGUAUCUGUUGGAGGAUAUUAUGCUGUAUGCACUUCAGAAUCUUGGUAUAGAAUUCAAGUACUUGAAAUUCAAGAUAAUAAAGCCUUAUGCUUUUACAUUGAUACUGGGGAAGAAGACUGGCACCUGAAAAGUGAUAUAUUCACUUUAGACCCAAAAUACAGAUAUGUUCCUGCACAGGCAGUUUUAUUACAACUAGCUGACUUGGAAGAUUAUGCCGAAAAUAAAAAUGUCUUGAAAUAUCUUAAUGAGUACAUUCUAUACAAAAGUUUGGUUGCUGAAGUUCUGGCAGAUGAAAAUGCAGAAGAUCAAAUACUCUCUGUUGUAUUAUUUGAUACAUCUACAGAAGAAGAUGUGAAUCUAAAUGAUUUAAUAAGAAAAAAAAUGAAAGAGGAAGAAAAGGCUCCUAGACUAAAUGAGAAAGGAAGAAUUAAUGAUAAAAUCCAUGUGUCGCACAUUUGCAACAACGGUGAUAUUUACAUUCAGAUCAGAAAUGACACAUUUAAAUAUUUACACUCUCAAAUCCAAUUCAUUACUGAUAUUGGGUUUUCCAACGCUGACAUAUUGGAUUCUGCAAAACUGUUACAAGAAUCUCCUCUAAAUAAUUUAUAUUUAGCAGUAAAACCCGAGGAAAAUAAAUGUUACAGAGUUAAAGCGACUGGACCCAUCAAGAGAGGAGAGGUGCCUGUAUAUUUUGUGGAUUACGGAUAUACAGAGUGUAUUCCUGUUUCUAAAAUGAUUGCCUUGGAAAAAGUCUCUUCAGUUAUUAAUGAAUUCCCUCAUCAGGCAAUAAAAGUACAGUUGUAUGGAUUGGAAAAUUUUACACCCUCUUUGGCAUCUCGUCUCAGGGGUUGCCUGCCUAUUAAUGGUUCAGUUCUACUUAAAGUAAUAGAAUAUAAAAAUGUGCCAAUUGUUGAAAUUUUUAUGAGGACACAAGAUCAACUUCUCAUAAGUGUUAAUAAUGCAUUGCAGAAUGAAUUAGAAAUUGAAAAGAAUGCUGUAGAAGUAGAACAGCGUGACCAUAUAAAGAAAAGAAUGGAAGGAUUGUCCAUAAAAUAUAACUCUCCAGCCCGUAAACCCUUGCCACAAUCUCCACAGCGAAAAACUUUAAACAUAAAAGCUUUACCAGAGCCAACUAUUAUUGCUGGAUCUCAUUUUCCUGUGAUUGUUACUAUGGCUGCUAGCCCAUCAAACUUUGUGGUACAGCCAUUCACUGAUGAUGGCUAUCGUGAUUUUAAAAGGCUUAUGAAAGAUUUGCAGGUCUUGUGUAAUAGCAGCCCUUUUUCAAACCCAUCAUAUGAAGAAAUUGAGAAAGGAAAUUUAUAUGCUGGAAAGCACACUGAUGGAGUUUGGUAUAGAGUACAAGUCACUAAUGUUAUGAGAAAUAAUUCAGUAACUGUACAUUUCUGUGAUUAUGGGGAUUAUAAUGUGAUGAGUUACAAAAACUUGCAAAGGUUAACACCGCCAUUUUUAAAAAUGCCAUACAAUGCCUUGAGAGCCAGAUUAGGAGGAGAAACUCCAAUAAUAGCAGACUGGAGUGUGGAAGAAUGCCUACGUUUUCAGGAACGGGUGUGUGAUAAAGUUUUUGUUGCCAAAAUUAACAGCAUUGAUGCUGAUGAACUGAAUGCCUCCGACAAAAUAAUAAGUCUGACAUUAAUUGAUACAACUUCAGAGAACGAUGUUUAUAUAACACCAGAAUAUGUUCGGACAUAUAUAAAGUAAUUUAGUUUUUCUACUUUUUUAAAUUUAAAUUUAAUUAUUUCUGGAAUGCUCUUGUGAUCAAUUGUUAUAGCGUGAUUAAGAAAUAUAUUUUUGUUAUGAACUGAUUUAUGAAAAUAUAUUGUGAUUCCUAA